UGUGGAUUUUCUGGUCCAAUACCAUCCUCCAUAGGAUCUCUACAGCAGUUAGUUUACCUGUCUCUUAAUUCGAACAAUUUAAUCGGCGAAAUCCCAGCUUCGAUUGGCAAUUUAUCGAAUCUUCAUUGGCUCGAUUUAGCUGAUAAUAAGCUGAGUGGAUCAAUUCCGGUUUCGAGUGGAAAAACACCUGGUCUCGAUAUGCUCGUCAACACAAAACACUUCCACUUCGGAAAGAAUCAACUCUCCGGUGAAAUACCGUCUCAGCUUUUCAGCUCAAAUUUGAAUCUUAUACAUUUGCUACUCGAGGACAAUAAAUUAACCGGUAGCAUCCCUUCGUCGUUGGGGCUUGUGCAGACACUGGAAGUUGUGUAAGUGUCGGGGGCCAUGGCCCCCUACUUUAUCUAUAUUAUAUACUUGCAUCCGCGAAGAUAAAAUCGUGACUCCGAAUU